UAUCGCCCUCCUUUAAUAGACGAAUACUCAGAUCCGUGUUUCACUGCCAUCUUUCUUCCCGAGAUCCAGGGGCCAUGACCUGAAGGGGGAAACGUAGAAGCAAAAAAAGGAGAAGGAAAAGAAAAGGAAAAAAACUUGGAAUACGGAAGAGGAGAGAGAGAGAGAGAGGAAAGUCAGCUCAGCACAGGGGCGCGAUGUCGGCCGGAAGAAAAUUCAAGCGCUGUGUCACAAUCGUAGGUGUUUUCAUCCUCGCGAGUCUCCUGUUCAUCGUCGACAGAGGAAUCCCAAAUCCUCAGGAGAAGAGAUGCUCCUUUCCCGUUCUCACGUCCACCGCUCAGUACAAGCAGUACAUCAGCUCCAAGCAGACGACGUGUGAGAACUGGGCACAGUUGGGGGGGUGGCUUGCAGCCCCAAAAGAUGGCCGUAAACUGAUGUGUCUGGACGAGAGGUUUGACAUCCAAGCAGGAAAGUGCGUCGUCUUGUCCUUCGGUGUAAAUAACGAAUGGUCUUUCGAAGAUGACGCAGAGAAGCUGGGUUGUAAGGUGUAUGCCUUCGACCCUACCAUGGGUAAGGAGGACCACCAGAGGACGCCGAACAUCCAGUUCUUCAAGCUUGGCAUCUCGGACGUCGAAGGAGAAAAAAAGAUCGGCAUGAACCCAGUUGUAACAGACUUCAAUUUUCACAAAUCGUUCCCUGUCGACCGCUACGAGAACAUCGUCCGGCGUCUGGGACUCGAAGGCCGCGUCAUCGACUACGUCAAGAUGGACAUCGAACUCUCCGAGCUGGACGUCCUGCGCGACCUGCUGGACAACUCGCCUCACUUCCUCAGGAACAUCAACCAGUUAUCUAUAGAGAUUCCACGACGUUUAUCGACUAGGAUAGAGUUGAUGUCUGUGUGGCUUAGGAGUGCAAGAGACUUCGGCCCCAACAGCACCGUGCGGAAAUUCUGGCCGCUUUACCACAGGCUUCGCUGUCACGGUUUCUCCAUCAUGAACUACCAAGCGAGUGUCCUUUGGCGGGAAGUGGUGUGGGGGCGGGACGCUGCUGGCAUCCCCUAG